ACGACUACCUACUAACUAUUGUUUAUUGCUCUAUAUUGCAGUGCCUAUAUAUAGAGCGAGAACUGGUUCCCAUUGCUGUCACUUGCACUGUGUGUGAAAUUCAUCCCAUCUACUGAUACUCUAUCAUGAAUCAAUCAUUGCUCCGGGCGACUUCACGCCUCCUCCAGUCGGCAACUCACUUGCGCAAGUCACCCGCAGCUUCAUUCAAUGCUUCAGUACGCAGCUUCGCCACCGCCUUCAACUGGGAAGAUCCUUUGGCUGCGUCAGAGCUGUACACGGAAGAGGAAUUAGCAAUUCAGGACACGGCACGACAGUAUUGCCAAGAACGCUUGUUACCCCGGGUUCUCGAUGCCUAUCGAAAUGAGAACUAUGAUCGCAAAAUACUAGAAGAAAUGGGUGAACUGGGUCUUCUCGGCGCUAGCAUCGACGGCUACGGUUGUGCAGGCACCAGCACCGUCGCUUCAGGCCUUAUCACAAAGGAAGUUGAGCGGGUAGAUUCCGGAUACCGAUCAGGGAUGUCUGUGCAGAGCUCACUGGCAAUGACGGCUAUCUACGAGUUUGGAUCUCCGGAGCUGAAGGAUAGACUUUUGCCAGGGUUGGCUAAGGGAAAGAUUGCUGGUUGUUUUGGUCUCACAGAACCUAACCACGGCUCAGACCCUGGUUCUAUGGAAACAGUUGCGCGAGAGCAUCCUACUAAGAAGGGCUAUUACUCGCUUUCGGGCGCGAAGACCUGGAUUACUAACUCCCCCAUCUCCGAUAUUAUGAUAGUAUGGGCCAAGUUGGAGAGCACGGGUAAGAUCCGUGGGUUUGUGGUCGAACGCGACCAAUGUCCGCCAGGCACCUUGGAGACUCCGGCCAUCAAAAAUAAAACCGCUCUUCGGGCAUCUAUCACCGGUAUGAUUCAGAUGGAUGGCUGCCCGGUCCCUAAGGAGAAUAUGUUUCCCGAGGUUGAGGGCCUUGCGGGACCUUUCACCUGUCUUAACAGCGCUAGACUGGGCAUCGCCUUUGGCGCCAUGGGGGCUCUUGAAGACUGCCUCAGCCGUGCCCGGACCUAUGCUCUUGAGCGAAAGCAGUUCAAGGGCAACCCGCUGGCCAAAUAUCAGUUAAUCCAGAAGAAGUUGGCAGAUGCAGCCACAGAUGCAGCAUAUGGAACGUUGGCAGCGACUCAAGUUGCCAGGCUUAAGGAUGCAGGCAAAUCGACGCCUGAAAUGAUCUCCAUGGUCAAAAGACAAAACUGUGACCGGGCUCUGGCCAAUUCUCGAGUUCUCCAGGAAGUUUUCGGCGGGAAUGCGACGAGCGACGAAUACCAUAUUGCCCGGCAUGUAGCUAACCUGUUUGUGGUGCAAACGUAUGAGGGACAGAGUGACAUUCACACAUUGAUCCUGGGGCGUGCGAUCACUGGAGUCCAGGCGUUUGUUUAGAACCCGAUGCCAAUGUAGAAAGGCUUGGAUUACUGAGAGAAAAAUGUCAAGUGUACAUGAUAAUAUAAGAGUCGGGCUGAACGCAACAGAAUACAACAUUGUAGGCGCUACAUGAAGUCCCACAAAAUGACAGUUUAUCUUACUCCUUCCUCUUUGACUUCAUUCCCUAUUAGUAGACCCUUCGAGAACCGGUGCCCUAUAUGCACGUGAUAGUAGACUGCGCCACGUGGAC